AUUAAACACCAUGAAGAGAAGUAGCUGAAUUCUAACCAUAUAUAUUGUUCAAAAUAUCUGAUUCCACAAAGACACAUCUUGCAGAGAGUAAUGCAGAAAACCACAGGAAAAAUAAGAGCUUACCACUGCUCUGAGUGUGGCAAGAGUUUUACUCAAAAGGGUCAUCUCCAAACUCACCUACGCCUUCACACAGGAGAGAAACCGUACCAGUGCUCCGAGUGUGGACGGAGUUUUACUCAUAAGAGUAAUCUUCAAGCACACCAGCGCAUUCACACUGGAAAGAAACCGCAUCAGUGUCCGGACUGCAGAAAGUGUUUCAGUCGCCGAAGUACUCUCAAAGUGCACCAGCGUGUUCACACAGGAGAGAAACCUUAUCACUGCUUAGAGUGCGGAAAGAGUUUUAUUUGUGUUAGCAAGCUUCAAACACACAAGCGCAUUCACACUGGAGAGAAACCGUAUCGAUGUUCAGAGUGUGGAAAAAGUUUUCGCUAUGUAGUCAUCCUCCAAGGACAUCAGUACAUUCACACAGGAGAGAAACCCUACUACUGCUCAGCCUGCGGGAAAAGUUUUCGUUAUUUAGUUAGUCUCCAAGGACAUCAGCGCAUUCACACUGGAGAAAAAACGUAUCAGUGUUCAGACUGUGGAAAGAGUUUUACUCAACAGAUUACUCUCCAGAGACACCAGAGCAUUCACAUAGGAGAGAAACCUUUUCGGUGCCAGUACUGUGGAAAGCAUUUUACUCAACCGAGUCUUCUACAAGCACACCGGCGCGUUCACACAGGAGAGAAACCUUAUCUCUGUUCAGUGUGUGGAAAGAGUUUUAGUUGUGUAGGUAACCUCAACACGCACCAGCGCAUUCACACAGGAGAGAAACCGUAUCAGUGCUCGGACUGUGGAAAGAGCUUUACUCUCAAGAGUCAUCUUCAAAGACACCAGCGCAUUCACACUGAAGAGAAACCGUUUCAGUGCUCAGCAUGUGGAAAAUAUUUCCGUUGUCUACUUAGUCUCCAAGGACAUCAGCACAUUCACACGGGACAGAAACCGUACCAGUGCUCAGACUGUGGGAAGGGUUUUACUCAACAGCGCAAUCUCCAAAGACACCAUCGCAUUCACACUGGAGAUAAACCGCAUUACUGCUCCGAGUGUGGAAAGAGUUUCAUUGACCGGCGUGAUCUCCGUGUGCACCAGCGCAUUCACACUGGAGAGAAACCAUAUCACUGCUCAGAGUGUGGGAAAAGUUUUCUUUAUCUAGUUAGCUUCCAGGGACAUCAGCGCAUUCACACAGGACAGAACCCAUAUGAGUGUUCACAGUGCGGAAAGAGUUUUACUCAACAGAGUAAUCUCCAGAGACACCAGCGCAUUCACACUGGAGAAAAACCACAUCAGUGCUCAGAGUGUGGGAAGAGUUUUACUCAACAGUCACACCUUCAAAGACACCAACGUGUUCACACUGGAGAGAAACCGUAUCAAUGCCUGGACUGCGGAAAGAGUUUUUCCCAACAGAGUCACCUCCAAGGACAUCAGCGUAUUCACACUGGAAAUAAACUCUAUCAGGUUUCAGAGUAUGAAAAUGUUUUACCCUAAAGAGUCCACUAAAGUUCCACUAGCAUGUUCAUGCAAGAAAGUUUGAGAAGAGUUAUGCUUACACAGUCGUAGUCGUUGGGAACGAAAGGGUGUUCACACAGGAAAGAAACUGAAUUCAGGACCCACCAGAUUCUCCAUACAAGUAAAUUAACCAUAAGGAAGUAGACAGAGUUUGCUUAUUGUGUUUACAGACUGCUUAACCUAUCAGACACAGAUAGACCAGCAAGAACAACAAUAGGGAUGUACCCAAAAUUAUUUUGCUGGGUUUGAUUGUUUGAACUCAGCUGCUCAGAAUAGUCUGACAGGCUUGUGUUAAGGAAAAGUAGAUUCUUCUAAAUCUUUGUAAAAAAAAUCCUUUUAUGCCGGGUUCACACUACACGAUUUUAGCCCAGUUUUUUAGUCGCAGACAGUUUAUUGUUGGCCAAAUCGGAGCAAAUCAAAACUUCUGAAAGAUGCUUGCUGAGCCAUCUCUGAGUUUUUCACUGAAAAGUCGCAGACGCCCAGCAAAUAUUUGGCAUGCUAGAUAUCUGACUCAGUCGCUGACUGGGAGUCAGGUGCAGUGGCUGCAUACAGCCAAUGGGAUCACAGAGAAAGAAAAAACAGGGGUCCAAAACGCAUCAGAGCUGUUUAUAGAGGGUCUGACUACUUUCUCUCUGCCUGUUAUAUCAUGAAAUGACUGUGAAACACUACAGAGAGCCCGAGAGUAUAUCAACUUGUUCAUGUUGGACUCACUUUAAGUGCGUAUUGUCCUCUAUAGAGAUUCUCUGGUUUGGCAUCACUAGUUCCCGUGUGUUUAGUUCUGGUGUGUUCGCAUGACGAAACGUGUUUCCGGAGAGCAGCCAGGUGAGUCUGCGAUUUCCCACACCAAGGAACAGUGUAAUUGUCACCCUCUGUUGUUGAUCAGUCAUGUAGUAGUGUAGUGUGAAAGUCUCAACACCUGAAGAACUCGUAAAUAAAGCACAAACAGUCUUGUAGUGUGAACAGCACAACAACUUACAACUCAAAAAGUUGUGUAGUGUGAACCUGGCAUUAGUUGUAAUACAGUCCCCUCCAAAAGUAUUGGAACAGCAAGUCAAAUUCCCUUUUUUUUGUGGGAAAGCAUCUUAACAGAGAAAAACAGGUCCACGCCACAGAGAUGCCAAUUAUUGUGGUGACACAGUGGCAAGGAAAAACUCCUUUUAAGAGGAAGAAACCUUAGGAGGAACCAGGACAGGGGAACCCAUCCCCCUCAGGUCGACCCGCUCAGAAUAAACAAAUAGCAAACAAAUAACAGAACAAAACAACAGAACAGAAAGAGAAUGUGGAGCUGUAUCUAAUGUAACAGGUACUAAUUUAUAAAUGUAAAAAUGGGAUGGGCACACAAUGGAGAGAGUGUUUGCAUUUAAGAUCAAAAGAUGAGCAAAAGACAAGAGAUCCAAAUGUCAGCUUUUAUUUUCUGAAGAUGUGAUAAACUUUAAAUAAAAAAAAAUUUCAAGUGUGGAAAACUGUCAGAACAUGUGACUUGCAGGUGUUUCUUAUUGACCAUGUGUCGUCUUUAAGGUUGAUUGUUUAAACAUUAAAUAGCUCUGCAUGACUAGUCUACAUUUUGACCUGGGUCUAAACCAGGGGUGUCCAAACUUUUUUUGUUGGGGGCCAGAAGUAGAAAUAUAUUUGAAGUCAAGGGCCACAGACUCUGUAAUAAAAAAGUCUUUUAUUCUCUUUGGCCCGUUUUUCUGCGCUACAACUGCGGACCCUCUUCGCUUUUAGACUAUUUGGCCUGUUUUUCUGCGUUACAACUGCGCACUUUCUCCCCUUUUAGACUCUUUGGCCUGUUUUUCUGAGCUACAACUUCACUCUCGCCGCUUUUAGACUCUUUGGCCCGUUUCUGACAUCUAGCUUUCAAACUUUGAAUCUCACAUUAUAAAAACCUGAUUAACAGCGGGCCAACUUUCAUCUUAUUUCUAAAAUACCUUGCGGGCCGCUCCAAAAAAGCAAACGGGUCGCAAAUGGCCCGCGGGCCGUAGUUUGGACACCCCUGCUCUAAACCUAAAAAUUUGGUAUUUCUUAUUAAAGGGGAUAAACCAUAAACCAACAUGAAGACUUGAGAUUUAUGAACAAGCCAUUAUGAAGCUGAGAAAAGAAGUAAAAUCAAUCGGAACCAUUGGACAAACAUUGGGCAUAGCCAGCAUAACAAAUUUGUAAUGUGCUGAAUCUGGUGUAUUGAGCAACAGAUGUCAAACAUGUCGGUCAAGGAAAACAACAGUAGUUUUUUUUUAACCAAAUAAAGUAAGAGCUGUGAAGAAAACCCCCGAAACAUCAGGAAGGGACAUCACCAAUGACCUCCACAGUGCAGGGGUGAAGGUAUCACAAUCCACUGUUCAAAGAGCAGAAACAUCUAUAUCAUACCCAAAGAUGCAAACCACUCAUCAGUAAUAAGAAUCGGAAUGCCAGAAUGAAAUUUGCAAAGACGUACAGAGAUGAGUCUCAAACGUUCUUAAAAGACUAUCUUCCGGACUAAUAAGACCACGAUUAAUCCCUACCAAAGUGACGAUGUAACUGAUGAUGGUAGCAGCAGAAUAAAUUUGGCUGCCAAUUUAGGAAGAAAUGCAUCCACUGGGAGGAAUUUUAUCAUGCAGCAGGACAAUGACUCAAAGCGCACUGCCAGCAAAACAAAGGACUUCAUCAGUGGGAAAAAAUGGAAGGUUUUAGAUUGGCCAGGUCAAUAACCUGACCUUAACCCAAUAGCGCAUGCAUGUCACCUUCUGAAGAGGAGACUGAAGGGAGAAGCCCCCUGAAACAAAAAAAGAACUGCCAAAGGUUCCACCCAUUCUGCUGCUACUCAGCUGUAUACCCCCCCCAACUAGUGAUGGCUCAACAUCAGGAGGGUAAUGACUAGCACAUGCCUCCUCCGAUACAUGUGAAGUCAGCCACCGCCUCUUUUCCCACUGCUGCGACUUGGUUCUGAUACAUCAGCUCACAGACGGAGCCUUGUGCUGAUCGACAUCACCCUAGAAGAGAUGAGGGGAAAGAGCCCAUCUAACCAUCCAGAGAGAGAAAGGCCAAUUGUGCUCUCUCAGGGCUCUGGCAGUUGAUGGCAAGCUGCAUGACCGGGAUUCAAACCAGUGAUCUCUCGAUCAUAGUGGCAGCGCUGGACCACUUGCCGCCCAUUUGCUCACCUAAUAAUGCUGUGGUGUAAUACAAACACGUUGCAUUGUUAUGUACAUGGUAAUACCAGAAAAAAAUGCUGACAUUUUAAACUCUUAUUUGACUUGCUGUUUCAAUAUUUUGGAGGGGACUGUAUAUUUUUUCAAGACCAUAUGACAGCAUGCUUCAUGUGUUUUUACAACAAGACCAUUUGAUUUCUGUGUUGUUGCUUUUCCUUUAAGUGUAUAUUUAUUUUUCACACCUGUAAAACAGCUCUUGAUGAAGCAAGUAAUAAAUAAAGUACUUUUUGUGGCA